AUGGCUGUCGUGGCAGACUUCCUCUUGACCGCAGUGCUAAUUUAUGAAGUCAGAACCGACUCCAUGAUCGAUGUCAUGAUCAUGUACUCCGUAAAUACCGGUCUACUCACAGGACUUGGAAACUUGUUGUCUUUGUUCUUCGCUUUCCUUCACCCGGAAAACAUGAUCUGGAUCGGUCUUGCCAUCCCAGUGACCAAGGCAUAUGCUAAUACAUUGAUGGCGGCGCUAAACUCCAGACGAUCCUUGAUCUCCAAGGGUUCCGGAGUGCUCACGGACACGUCGCCUUUUGGAGUUAGCGUCGUUCAAUAUAAACAUUCUCAUCAAAGUCCGGCAAUUGUAGUCGAAAGAAGAGUUCAUGUAUUUGAAGCCACGACGGACACUCAUUCGAGUGUCGUGGACAUCACGAAGGAGGGGCCGUUGGCUGGCGGUGAUGUUGUGGAGAUGGUUGAACCCAGAGCCUGCUGGGCGUUGACAAGUCGUCAGGGUGAUCGCCAACGAAUUGGUAUUCGAUACUCUCUUGUAUCCAAUACAUGUCGAUGGGCGUCGAAAGCAGUUCCCUCAGUAGACUUGGCCAGUGGCUUCAGAGCCAGGGGCGCUGCUUCUGUCAUGCGAUUUUGUCCCAACUGGGGACAAGACGGUUACAACGCUUCGGGAUCACCGUUCUUCGGUACGAUGACCAUCUCCCGUUGGUACUGCAUGACCGGUUGCGUCCGCAUAUCUCUGUACAUACGUCUCCGAGUAGAAGGCGCGUCACGUCAACGUGCCUUGCCACCUCUCCUAAGCCUUGCCUUUGCGCAGUCUGCGCCGGAAUGGCAAUAUCUGAAGGCGCCCCCUUCGAGAUACGCUGCUGCUGCUGCUGCUGCUGCUGCGAUGGAAGCGGCUUGGGAUUACCUCUACGCCUCGAACAGAAUUAGGGCGGAGCUGCGCGGGGUUGUCAACCACGAAAUCGUUAGCCGGCAACCUAGGCGUGAGGGCGGUGGUGCUGGUACAGAAGCAGGCGGGCAUGCGGACGGUGACGGCGUGGGCUCGAAUGCUGCCGCAGGGACUGGUUGCGGUACAUGA